AUGGGGAAGUCCAAAAAACUAAAGGACCUAGUAAAGAAUGUUCAGUUUUUCGUCAAAAAAUGCAGAGAAAAAAAUAAGAAAUUGCUAUCCAUGAGUAGUCUGGAUGAAAAAGAUGAAGAACAAAAUUCUGGAAUUUUUACGGAUGACAAAGCAAAUGCUAAUAAAAGUUAUAGGGAAAAUUCAACUGAAAAUAUUUCCAAAGGAUCAAGCGAAUCGAAGUUUGAUAUGCACACAAAAUUAGGCAGUUUGUAUAGCAGGGACUUGAGAAGAACACAGACACAAGGCAAUUUUCAUAGCUUAUUUGACUAUUUAGACAAAACAAAUUGUAAUAAAAUCAUCAAGUUGAAAGCAGAUGGAGGAAAAAAUGGAGUCGAAAAAAGUGAAGAGAAUGUUUUUAAAGGUUUACCAACCAAAGAUGAAGAACAAUUACAGGGGGAAAAAAGUGAUAUCAGCAGCGUAGAAAGUAAAAAAGAAAAAUCAAAAGACAAAAAAAUGGAAGAUGUAAAAAAUGAAAUCAUGGAAUAUGAUUUACACCUUUUGAAUAUAUACAAAAAGUUAGAAAGGGGGUCGAAAAAUGGAAAACUAUUUGGAAAAAACGGAACAAAGAAAUCAAAAAAGAAUACGAAAAUGAAGACGAAAAUAAAAACAAAAACGAAGAAGAAAACGAAAACAAAAACACUGAGGACCUACGAUUCGGAAAUUUUGAAUAUAAAGAAUGAAUUUAAUUUGACAAGGGGCACGUCCCAUGGGAAGGGGAAAACGAUGAAACUGGCUAGUGGAGGGAAUGAAGAUCAAGAUAUGGACAAGGAAGAGAUGGCCCGUAAGAGCAUAACCCUAAACGGACGAAAAAGCAGAGGUUUGAAAAAAAAAAGUCACGAACAACUAAUUGAAAUAAAGAACAGUUUCUCAGGAAAUAGCGUAAAAUUCGACUCUAGAUGCUCCUCUUUAGCACAUGGAGAAGAAACCUUUUCCAAAUAUCUUCAGAUAGGUUCUUCCAAAAAAGCGUCCGAUGAUUUUUAUUUUUUUCAAGGAUUAUCAAACAGAUUAAACAAAAGGAGUAAUACGUCCUCGUAUGAUAUUGGGUGUAUGUAUAUGAACAAUGCUGCAAGUACAAAAAGUUCUAAAGAGUUGGGUAAAAAAAGACAUCCUAGAGAAGUUACUACAUUGCUGAAUAGCUCGAAAAGUCUUCAUCGUUUUAAAUUUUUAAAUGAUAAUAAAAAGAACAUUGAAUAUUAUAAAAAGAUGAUCGAUAGUUUAGAAGGAACAGUUGCGAAAUCGAAGAAGAGAAGUAAGAAUAAAAUCAAUAGUGCUACCACUAGUGGUACCAGUUCCAUAGACAGCAUUAUUAAAAUAAUAAAUUGUUUGCUUCAUGAUUAUGUACCAAAACUGAUUGAUAGGUAUGAAUACUAUAUGAAUACCCUGGAUGACAGAAAUAAAUUAUUGAAACAGAAAAUUAAAGAAUCCUUAGAUUUUGGGGAUAUUCAAUAUGAAGAAAUUCGAGAGUUAAAAUCUCAAGUAAUGCAAAAAAAUCAUGAAAAUAAAAAAUUAAGUGAUAAAGUGGAAUUAUUAAAAGAUAAAUUGACAUACAUUAACGAACUGGAAUUAAAAAAUGCAGAAUACCUCGACGAAAUUGUGCUCAUGAGGAAUAGAGUAACCUAUUUGGAAAAAUUAAUAGAAGAAAAUGAUCAGUCAAAGGAGUCACAUGAACUUCGAAAGAUGCGUCGUAAUUUAAAAAAUAUAUAUGAUAGAAUGAGGACCGAAAUGAGACACAUGCAUACAUUAAAAUCGAAAUAUUUUAAGAGGUACAAGAGGAGGAAAUUUUCUAUUAAUAAGUGGAUGCGCUUGAAGGCAAAAAUAAGCAAACAGGAUUUGUGUUUCUUCACGAGUGAUGAAGGGGUUAAUUCAACCAUUACUAUCCUUACAUCGAAGGAGGGUGAGAAGUGUACCACUUCUGAACUUGUUGAAAAGGAUACUCAUACUGAGGGGGAAGAGGAGAAGAAGAAGAAGGACGACGAAUCAUCAGAAAAAAAGAAAGACACUCAAAAACAGUACGCAGAUAAAAAUGUAGACACCAGUGAUAUGCAGAACAUAGUUACUUCGACAGAUGGAGUAAACUGCAAUGUGCUAUGUAUGCAUACCCAAGAGGCAAUAAAACUUAAGAAAAGCAAAGUCAAAACAAAGAAUAAGAAAAUAAACACCAUUUUAAGCAACUACACAUUUAUGGAAUUACUAAUGAGGGAAAAAAAAAUGGAAGCGGAGAAAAGAAAUAAUAGAAGUAAUAAUAUUUACACCUUAAUACCAAGUGAAAGUUAUCCUUACUAUCAUUACUUCUACAGCAACGUUUUAUCUGCUUCGAAGGUUAGCGGUAAUGCUGAUAAAUAUAUCAAAAUGUUCCCUAGUUAUGAUGAAAAAAGAUUCAAGUUUGUUUCUCCUGAUAGGGUGACACUUUCACAGGAAAAUUAUUUGUCCCUUUGUGAUAAAUUGAAAGAGUGUUUCUAUGAGACAUAUUUUCAUCAGUGUACCAAUGAACCAUGUAAUAGUGGAAAUAUUAAUAGUGUACUACUGAACGAGGAUGAUCCGGACAUUUUUGAGAAGAGCCUCCUCCAUUCAUGCGAUGUUUCACCUGACCAGGAAAGGGAAAAUAGAAAAAAGGAGAAACCAGGAAAUGAUUACUACGUUGGAGAUCAAAGUCAAAUGAUGAUGAGGCCAAACAAAUGGAGAAGCCUUUUCUGGAGUGAAGGGGUAAGUAAAAGCGAUGAUAGUUCCAUAUACUCAAGGAGGAACAUAGGGAAGAAUAAAUGUUAUAAACUACCUUUCGAUUGUUGUGUCAGAUUGAAUAAAAUGUUGAUAAGGAAAAUGAAAUGCUCCCCUUGGGGAUAUAACAAUUUAACGGAAAAUGAACGUAGUAACAGUUCAAAUAAAAAACAUAGUGCUAGGAAAAAAUCGAACAUAUCAAAUAAUUCCUCCUCAGAAAAAAAUGAUAAAUUUAAAAUGACAAAAAUUGUAAGAAAAAACAAUUUAUUCUUACAUAAAGAUAGUAAGUUUAGAUCCAAGAAUAAAUAUUAUUAUUCCCAGAUUGGUAGUAUGAAUGGUGGUGUAAUAGGAAAGAUUAUACAAAGUGUUAAAGGUGGCAACGGUAAUCAUAGAACUGAGAAAGAGAAUGAAAAAUUUUGCUGGAAAUUAUGUAAAAACGGGGAGUUUCCCACUGACGAGAUGCAUCUUGUAUGCGAUAAUCAUAUUGACAAUGGACAGGAACACACUAAUGCAGAAUCUGUCAAGGAAGGAAAUACAAAUAAUUUAUACAUACCUAAGGAGUACAUUAUGGAGAAAUGCAACAGAAAUGUUGAAGUGGAGAGAAAAAACAUUAUAAAAGACAAAUUGUGUCGGAAUAUAUAUGAAAAAGAAAGGAUAGAUAAUUUUAAAAGAUUCUUAAAUAUUUACAAUUUACACUUUGAACGAGAUAAGGACAAACAACUAGUUGAAAAAUUUGAAAAUGAACAAAAUUAUUCCACGUCUAACAUAGUUAAGUACGAGAAAAAACUGUUUGCAUGUGUAGGGGGAGAAGGUACUGAUAAAAAAUAUACAGAGGGUAAUAAAUGCAAUGACAACACUGCGUCGUGUAAAAACGAGCAAUGGUUAACAAAUGAUAACCCUAAUGGAGCGAACAAGGAGAAUAGCAACCAUAGCAACCAUAGCAGCGUCUAUCAAAUUAACAACUAUUACAACUACUGCAGUGUGAGUCCUCAUUACAGGGUAUGUCGUUCGAAUGAAGUUUAUAAUGCGAGUAACAAUUUAGUAAUCGAUGUGCGGGGUAAAAGGACGCGUGCCGGUAGCACUUGCAAUGGCAUCAACGUCGGUACUAAUGGUAUGAACUUUGGCACUAAUGGAGUGAACUCUGGUACUAAAUGCAACAACUUCGACACUCGUGGCAACAACUGUGUUGUAAAAAAUACAGAACAAGCGGAUUCAUGUAAUAUUCCGAAUUGUAAUAAACGUGUAAGGAUUGUCAGCAAAAUGUCUCAAAAUAAAAAUAUCUCCCCCGAGCAGUGGAAUCCGCAUCUUCAUAGAGUCCAGGAAGAUUUUUCAUAUACCCACCAUGACGAUUUUUUUCAAAAUAAAAUUAUAGCCAAAGAUAGCGAAACACUUAGAUAUAAAAAUUCAUUCAAUCAAUGUUUUGACAUAAAUACGAAGAAUUUUGAAACCAUUAAUAAAUACCUGCAUGGUCAUGUUUUAUACACAUGGGACGUAUAA